AUGUUUCGAGUGUGGUUCUAUUUUCUAGCGAGCUGCAUUGCGGUUGCAGCGAUUCUUACAGUAACUGAAGCAGCAAUAAUUCGUCUAAAUUGCGAAUAUUUUGAUGGAAACUGUGUGUUGAAAAAUGUUUAUGCUACCGAGGAUGAUCGAUUCAAGGAAAUCCGUAACGAAGGAUAUCGGGACUCUAUCGAGUUUUUCGACUGCCACAUUCACACGCUACCACCAAUUCCGUACAUACGCUCGGUUAAAGCAGAUGCCAUCAAUCUAGUACGAAUUGAAGAAAACACUUUCAGUACGAUCAACAAAUUGGAUGUGUCGUACAACCGUCUACGAGAGAUCUCCGUCACUGCAUUUGAAUACCCUACCGAGCUCGGUGUACUCAUCCUCAAUGGAAACCCUACUCUGAAAGACUUCACCUUCCUCAACAAGCUUACUGGACUAACGAGGCUUGAUAUGACUGAAAUGAAGAUGGAACUGGAGCUCAUCGAUAUUAACACCUUCGCAAACAUGGACUCGCUUGAGAAUUUAAAUAUGAGCGACAAUCGAAUCACAUCAAUACCUGUCGGGAUGUUUUCUCCCCUCACAUGCCUGAAGAAUCUUGAUUUGAGUCGAAACUCCAUCACCAAAAUAGCUGCAGGAGCGCUAGCCAUUGUGAAAAAUGCACCGUUAGAUUUCGAUUUGUCCUACAACAAUAUAAGCAUUAUCGAAAAUAAUGCUUUCCUGAGUGCAUCGAGGAUCAAUCUGAGGCAAAACCGAAUAUCAGGCAUCGGUCCGUAUGCCUUCGACAACCAGACGGGUCUACAAUCGCUUGUUCUAUCAGGAAACAGGCAACUGAAAAAUUUUGACUUUUUACACAACCUCCCAUCGCUGCACGACCUCGAUAUGUCGCACAUGAACUUUUCUUUUGAAGGCCUGCCAAGGAAUAUGUUCGACGAUCUCGCUUCACUAGCUUCUCUCGAUCUUUCGCACAAUCAAAUUCCUGAGGUACCAAUUGGGAUCUUUGCGGAGCUGCAAUCACUGAACUCGAUCAAUCUGCGACACAAUCUCAUAAAACACAUCGAGUUCGGUACCUUUUCUAUGCGAAAGUACGAUCUGAUUGAUGAAAUCGAUCUUUCCUACAACCAGAUCACGGAGCUAAACUUUCUCGUGUUUGUGCCGCUGAAGUACCUCAAGACGUUGCUGCUGCAUGGAAAUAAAUUACCGUACGUGAAUGCCAAACAACUUAUCCGUAACAAGAGCCUGCAAAACUUUGGAAUCCAGAACAGCUUAGUGCGUUGCUACGAUCUGGUUGACCUGUUGGGUCAUCUCAAACUAGUUUUGGAGCAGAAUGAGUUCAUUUCACACCUACCCAAUGUGGACGGCAUCAAAUGUGUUCCUUAA